UAAAAAAGAAGCUUCUGCUAAGAUCUUGUUAUUCCCCCACAUUUUGGGCUGACUUGGCUUUUUUUCUCCCCCCCGGAUUCAACCCUGCCAAGACAGAAUGUCGAUAUGCCUGCGCUUUCUGCCACCGAUGCGGCUGAGACAAUAGCAAAUAGUGUGCUUUUUUCGCGGGCAGCGAAUGAGACUGGUGAUGCGCUGCAGGUUAUUUGCGCAUGGCCUGUUUCUGGUCAAUAUGGCACUGGUACUCGAGUUCUAUACUACGUUCUCAUUGCUGCAUGUCUUGUCGCGAGGAGGGAAGAAUGGCUCGUGAAUCCUUGUUUGGCCGCUGCGUUGGUGCUGCCAGCUGUUGCCGCUAUUCACGGUAUAGUUUUGACGGCAAUGCACAAUCCUGGUGAGCAAUAAGCCCAAAAUCGAGAAGUCCUCGAACUGAUUGGCACAGAUGCGGUCGACAUGGAUAUUUAUGGUGCUUUUCAGCUCUGCGCGAUUGGUAUUCUGGCAGCGCCGGUGACGGUCAUGCUGUCGAAGACGUACUUCAAUGAUCCCGGUCGAAAUACCAUUUUUCUGUGGACAUUUCUGCUAUUGAUCGGUCUUUUGAGUAUGACGAUUGAGUUUUAUCGCAUCGAAACUCACUCCUGUUUAACCGACGCAUCAGGCAACCCGGUAUCACCAAACGCAUCAAAGUUUCACUACAUCGAAGGAAACAACUGUAACCUGACCUGUUCCACGCAAAACGGGCCAUCAUCUCCAAUGCGAGGCGGAUCCGCGAACAACAUCUAUGUCAUACCAGCACCGCAUACCCUCACAUUCGGUACCGCGACUUUACUCGCUGCAGCAUGUUGCGUACACGCUGUUCUAUGUCUCAUUUCCAUGUGGGAUAGAGUGCUUGAAAUCAAUUGGCGCCGAAGAUUCGGAAAACAGAACGACGACGCGGCAAGUGAGGAUGAUGAAAGUGCUAACAAGGGCGUUAUGAAGAAAGUCAACGAUACUAUUGGCUUCUUCCUUCGUAUCCUAGCAAUCCCCGUUUUUGGUGGCGCUGGCUUGGCUAUACUUAUUGUGGGCGAGAUUAACUUUUUCAGCCCUCAAGUUAACUACCAGACUGAGCCAAUGGCCAAUAUCGGCCAAUGGGCCCCUAUUACCGGUACUGCGAUGGCUAUGGUCGGUUCGCUUUAUCUCCUUCUAGCAAGACACGCCGAUCAAGCAGGCGAACCAUAUCCGUCGCAUCAUUGCAAUUGUUCUCAUUGUCACUUUAACGAUGACAUAAGCCAAGUCUCUCACCAAGAGAGUAUUUCUUCACUGAAUAGCCAUCAUAUCACAUUAACUGUCACAAACACCGAUACUCGUACGAAUAACCAACUCUCACCGCACCUCGAUCCAACUCAACCACGGUCUUCAAUCUCCUCCCGACUUCGAGACCCCUCAGUUUACGAAGAGCACAACCAACCCCCCCGCAACCCCUACAGACAGAAAAUAGAGAAUGCAUUCUUCAGAUUCGGCGAGAUGAUUGGUACCCCAGCGCAUGACUUCAUCACCGAGCCUAAAGUCAAAAGACCAGAUCGUGUUGAUCUACCGAUGAUACCAGGGGAAGAGUUUCGAAAUGUGCGUGUAUCUGCUGUUGAAAUUGAGAGAGAUCAACACCAAGAUGAUGAGUUGAGUCCUGUAAGGUCAAGACCUGGGAGUUUUAUAGGCAGCGAUGCUUCUGUGCAAGGUGUUGGAAGAUCUACGUCAAUGCCUAUAUCACCGCCGCCACUUGCUGUGACGAGACCGAGGUCGGGUACAAGUCCUAGGCCGAGACCUGCUUCUUUGUAUCACUAGCGUAGUGGGAGCUGAUUUAAUUUUUUUUCUUGUUGAAAGAUAU